AUGUGGAGUGUCGUACAAUGGGGAGCUCUGAUCCCAGACGAAAUUAACCUCGGAACGAUGUAUCGACUGAAUACCUAUCCUUUGAUCCACACUGGCUUUUUCCACGCGCUUUUGAAUGCCCUGGCCCUGACGCCGCUUUUGGAGCGAUUUGAAGCGGAACAUGGCACGCUCACAUCCAUUGCCUUGUUUGUUGGUCCUCUUUCCACCUUCCCCGCCGGUAUCUACCUCCUGAUCGAGAAGGUUAUCCUGCACAGCAACACGUCUGUGGUCGGAUCAAGCAUUUGGGUUUUCUUGCUCCUCGGAUCCGAAGCCAUCCGAACCUAUAAAUCGAACCCCCACUUUAGCCUCGGCCCGUACAAGAUCCCUACGUGGACAUCGCCUUUGUUUGCGUGUGUGGUUCUUUCUAUUCUAGUCUCCAACGUGAGCUUCCUUGGCCACCUCUGCGCCAUUCUUAUCGGCUAUCUCUUCGGCCUCGGAUACUUGAAGUUCCUGGUGCCGCCCGAGAAGAUUCUGCGAUGGAUCGAGGGUAAGCUGAACCUCCUCGGCCGGCUGCCGCACUAUAUCUCUGUCGACCAAAAGACCUUCGGACGCUAUGGGGUUCUUCCCUCCUCUAACAAUGCGGCCAACGGCAACAACGGCACCCCCAUGAACUUCCUGGGCACCAACCAGCGUCUAGAUGACAAUUCGCGACGGACCUACAUCUCCGAGAAUGCGCUCCUGCCCGGCCAGGUCCACGCCUAUUUCACUGGCAGUGAACAGAACAUCUUUCGGGGCUAUAAGCAGGAGCUGCAAACUUUAUUGAACGAAGGUCGUAAGGCCGAGGACCAAGAAGCCGAGGUGGAGGUAACUCCGGCGGCCUCGAACAAAGUUCAUUCAAUUCUACAAGCCGCAGGACUGAAGGUCGCAACGCAGAAAUACGAGUACACCUCGGCUGGCAUUACCCACCAAGGCGAGAACAUUUACGGCAUCAUUCACGCACCGCGGGGUGACGCAACAGAGGCAAUUGUAUUGGUGGCAGCAUGGAAGACAGCAGAUGAUGAACUCAACCUGAAAGGCGUCACACUAGCUCUCACUCUGGCUAGAUACUUUAAACGAUGGUCCCUCUGGUCUAAGGACAUCAUCUUUUUGUUCACCCCGGAUAGCAAAACAGGAACUCAAGCCUGGAUCGACGCCUACCAUGACCUUCACCCAGAGUCUGUUCAACCUCUGCCAUUGAAGAGUGGAGCUUUGCAAGGUGCCGUGGUCAUCGAGUACCCCUUUGAACACCACUUCCAGAAGCUUCACAUCGUCUAUGAUGGCGUCAACGGCCAAUUGCCUAACUUGGACCUGUUCAACACGGCUGUUGCCAUUGCAGGCGGCCAGAUGGGUAUUGGUGCUAACCUCCAGGAGAUGUGGGAGCACAAUGAUAGCUAUGAAGCACGUCUUCAAACGAUGAUGCGUGGAAUGACGAAGCAAGGCCUCGGAUAUGCAACGGGAGCCCAUAGCAGCUUCAUGCCCUAUCACAUCGACGCCAUCACUUUGCAGCCUAAGGGUGAAGGAUGGGAAGACGAAAUGGCGUUGGGUCGGACCAUCGAGAGCAUGUGCCGCAGCUUGAACAACCUGUUGGAGCACUUGCAUCAGAGCUUCUUCUUUUAUCUGCUCAUGCAUAGCAACCGUUUCGUCAGUAUUGGAACUUAUCUCCCUAGUGCCAUGCUCAUUGCCGGAAACUUCACCAUCAUGGCCAUCGCAUUGUGGAUGCGCACUGGCUAUUACCCGGAAUCGAAGCCGGACACCCCAGCGGGCGAAAAAUCCAAGAGUGAAAAGACGUCAAAGACGGGAGCCCAGAAGAUCGAAAAGGCAGUUAAAGUGAAUGAGACUGCCCUUCCAGAGCGUCUCAUGGCUUUGCCAUUGACCCUUGUUACCGGUCUACACCUACUCGGUCUGGUCCCCCUCUGGACCUUCAACAAUAUCUUCCACCAGUAUUUUACAACUGCGACGUACAUCUUUGUCGUCGUGGAUAUCGUUUUGCCAUUAUUUUUGGCGGCACUUCUCUCCAACGGCCUGGGCGUCUCGAAACCCAUAAUACCACAGCAAUACCAUUUGAUCAAAUCCUUUGCUCUUCUGCUACUCGGCCUCUCGCUUUCCACGCUUGCGACCCUCAACUUCUCUCUCUCCUUUAUGAUCGGCCUGCUCUGCGCACCGCUCAGCUUCAUCGGCCGCCUCCAAGGCCCUGCCGCCCUACGAUAUGGCGUUUCUAGCCUGGGACUUGUGCUAUUGAAUCUUCUUUCGCCACCAAUCGUCCUUCUGGGCGUGUGUUGGUAUACCGGCGUUUCCGUGGAGACAGUGCUAACCCAAGCUGCGUUCGGCUGGGAUGUAUGGGGCAUGUGGACUCAAGUCGUGGUGUGGUGCGUGUGGUGGCCAGCCUGGCUGAUUGGAUGUGUCCAACUGGGCUCAUCGAUCUUCUAA